AACCGGAAACGGCCAAUUGCUGGCUGAGGAGAGCCGCAGCGGCGGUCCACUGUCACGUGAGGGGGCGGGUCUCCUCAGGCAGUGGUACCUCAAUGAACUACGCGAAGAGACCAAUCGUGGGGCAGCCCCGCAGGCCACAUGAUGAGAGCCCAGGCUCUGGGAAAGGGGGGGCUGGAGACCCCGCAGAGUCGAUGCGUCAGGACUGAGUGUCUAUGUUUUUUGUUUGCGGGAAUGGCGGAGGUUUCUGGGUCUGCAGUCACCCUCUCUGAGAUGUACGGGGACCCCCUAUGCACCGAACCCAAUACGUUCACUCCCCGUAUGAUCGUCCUGGUUGGAACCCUCGGUUCUGCAUCAUCUCGGGGAACCAGCUUCUCAUGCUGGAUGAGGACGAGAUACACCCCCUUCUGAUCCGGGACCGGAGGAGCGAGUCCAGUCGCAACAAACUGCUGAGACGCACGGUCUCCGUGCCGGUGGAGGGGCGGCCCCACGGCGAGCAUGAAUACCACUUGGGUCGCUCGAGGAGGAAGAGUGUCCCAGGGGGGAAGCAGUACAGCAUGGAGGCCGCCCCCGCCGCACCCUUCCGGCCCUCGCAAGGCUUCCUGAGCCGGAGGCUUAAAAGCUCCAUCAAACGCACAAAGUCACAACCCAAACUUGACCGGACCAGCAGCUUCCGCCAGAUCCUGCCUCGCUUCCGAAGUGCUGACCAUGACCGGGCCCGGCUGAUGCAGAGCUUUAAGGAGUCGCACUCUCACGAGUCCCUGCUGAGUCCUAGUAGCGCGGCCGAGGCCUUGGAGCUCAACUUGGAUGAAGACUCCAUUAUCAAGCCAGUGCACAGCUCCAUCCUGGGCCAGGAGUUCUGUUUUGAGGUAACGACAUCAUCAGGAACAAAAUGCUUUGCCUGUCGUUCUGCCGCUGAAAGGGACAAAUGGAUCGAGAACCUGCAGCGGGCGGUGAAACCCAACAAGGACAACAGCCGCCGGGUGGACAACGUAUUGAAACUGUGGAUCAUAGAGGCCCGGGAGCUGCCCCCCAAGAAGCGGUACUACUGUGAGCUCUGCCUGGAUGACAUGCUGUAUGCACGCACCACCUCUAAGCCCCGCUCGGCCUCGGGGGACACCGUUUUCUGGGGUGAGCACUUCGAGUUCAACAACCUGCCGGCCGUCCGGGCAUUGCGGCUGCACCUGUACCGUGAUUCAGACAAAAAGCGCAAGAAGGACAAGGCAGGCUAUGUCGGCCUGGUGACUGUGCCUGUGGCCACCCUGGCCGGGCGCCACUUCACAGAGCAGUGGUACCCUGUGACCUUGCCGACGGGCAGCGGGGGCUCUGGGGGUAUGGGGGGCUCGGGUGGGGGAGGGGGCUCUGGGGGCGGCUCAGGGGGCAAGGGCAAAGGAGGUUGCCCAGCGGUGCGGCUGAAAGCACGUUACCAAACGAUGAGCAUCCUGCCCAUGGAGCUAUAUAAGGAGUUCGCCGAGUAUGUCACCAACCAUUAUCGGAUGCUCUGUGCGGUGUUAGAGCCCGCCCUGAACGUCAAGGGCAAGGAGGAGGUCGCCAGUGCCCUGGUUCACAUCCUGCAGAGCACGGGCAAGGCCAAGGACUUCCUUUCAGACAUGGCCAUGUCUGAGGUGGACCGCUUCAUGGAACGAGAACACCUCAUAUUCCGCGAGAACACGCUCGCCACUAAAGCCAUAGAAGAGUACAUGAGACUGAUUGGUCAGAAAUACCUCAAGGAUGCCAUCGGGGAAUUCAUCCGUGCUCUGUAUGAAUCUGAGGAAAACUGUGAGGUGGACCCCAUCAAGUGCACGGCAUCCAGUUUGGCUGAGCACCAGGCCAACCUGCGGAUGUGCUGUGAGUUGGCCCUGUGCAAGGUGGUCAACUCCCAUUGCGUGUUCCCGAGGGAGCUGAAGGAGGUGUUUGCAUCCUGGCGACUGCGCUGUGCAGAGCGGGGCCGGGAGGACAUCGCGGACCGGCUGAUCAGCGCCUCGCUCUUUCUGCGCUUCCUCUGCCCGGCCAUCAUGUCGCCCAGCCUCUUCGGGCUCAUGCAGGAGUACCCAGAUGAGCAAACCUCGAGAACCCUCACGCUCAUCGCCAAGGUCAUCCAGAACCUGGCCAACUUUUCCAAGUUUACCUCAAAGGAGGACUUUCUGGGCUUCAUGAACGAGUUUCUGGAGCUGGAGUGGGGUUCCAUGCAGCAGUUCCUGUACGAGAUCUCCAACCUGGACACGCUGACCAACAGCAGUAGCUUUGAGGGUUACAUCGACCUGGGCCGAGAGCUCUCCACGCUGCACGCCCUGCUGUGGGAGGUGCUGCCCCAGCUCAGCAAGGAAGCCCUCCUGAAGCUGGGCCCACUGCCCCGGCUCCUCAACGACAUCAGCACGGCUCUGAGGAACCCCAACAUCCAAAGGCAGCCGAGUCGUCAGAGCGAGCGGCCCCGGCCUCAGCCCAUGGUGCUGCGGGGCCCUUCGGCUGAGAUGCAGGGCUACAUGAUGCGGGACCUCAACAGCUCCAUCGACCUUCAGUCCUUCAUGGCUCGAGGCCUCAACAGCUCUAUGGACAUGGCUCGCCUCCCCUCCCCAACCAAGGAGAAGCCCCCGCCACCACCGCCUGGUGGGGGGAAAGACCUGUUCUAUGUCAGCCGCCCACCCCUGGCCCGGUCCUCCCCCGCCUACUGCACCAGCAGCUCGGACAUCACAGAGCCGGAGCAGAAGAUGCUGAGUGUCAACAAGAGUGUCUCCAUGCUGGACCUGCAGGGCGAUGGGCCUGGCGGCCGCCUCAACAGCAGCAGCGUGUCCAACCUGGCGGCUGUCGGGGAUCUGCUGCACUCGAGCCAGGCCUCCCUGACUGCAGCCUUGGGGCUGCGGCCUGCACCUGCUGGCCGCCUCUCCCAGGGGAGCGGCUCGUCCAUCACGGCGGCUGGCAUGCGCCUUAGCCAGAUGGGCGUCACCACAGACGGUGUCCCUGCCCAGCAACUGCGCAUCCCCCUCUCCUUCCAGAAUCCUCUCUUCCACAUGGCCGCUGAUGGGCCAGGGCCCCCAGGGGGCCACGCAGCGGGCAGCGGCCAUGGCCCACCCUCUUCCCAUCACCACCACCACCACCACCACCACCACCGAGGCGGAGAGCCCCCAGGGGACACCUUCGCCCCAUUCCACGGCUACAGCAAGAGCGAGGACCUCUCCUCAGGGGUCCCUAAGCCCCCUGCUGCUUCCAUCCUUCACAGCCACAGCUACAGCGAUGAGUUUGGACCCUCUGGCACCGACUUCACCCGUCGGCAGCUCUCACUCCAGGACAACCUGCAGCACAUGCUGUCCCCUCCCCAGAUCACCAUUGGUCCCCAGAGGCCUGUCCCCUCAGGGCCUGCAGGCGGGAGCGGCGGUGGGGGCAGUGGCGGGGGCGGCGGGGGUCAGCCGCCCCCAUUGCAGAGGGGCAAGUCUCAGCAGUUGACAGUCAGCGCUGCCCAGAAACCUCGGCCGUCCAGCGGGAAUCUGCUGCAGUCGCCGGAGCCGAGUUAUGGCCCUGCCCGUCCACGGCAGCAGAGCCUCAGCAAGGAGGGCAGCAUCGGGGGCAGCGGGGGCAGCGGUGGCGGCGGCGGGGGCGGGGGGCUCAAGCCCUCCAUUACCAAGCAGCAUUCCCAGACGCCAUCCACGCUGAACCCCACAAUGCCGGCCUCUGAGCGGACGGUGGCCUGGGUCUCCAACAUGCCUCACUUGUCGGCUGACAUUGAGAGCGCCCACAUCGAGCGGGAAGAGUACAAACUCAAGGAGUACUCCAAGUCUAUGGACGAGAGCCGGCUGGACAGGGUGAAGGAGUAUGAGGAGGAGAUCCACUCACUGAAGGAGCGGCUGCACAUGUCCAACCGGAAGCUGGAGGAGUAUGAGCGGAGAUUGCUGUCCCAGGAAGAGCAGACCAGCAAAAUCCUGAUGCAGUAUCAGGCCCGGCUGGAGCAGAGUGAGAAGAGGCUACGGCAGCAGCAGGUGGAGAAGGACUCCCAGAUCAAGAGCAUCAUCGGCAGGCUGAUGCUGGUGGAGGAGGAGCUGCGCCGGGACCACCCCACCAUGGCUGAGCCGCUGCCUGAACCCAAGAAGAGGCUGCUCGACGCUCAGGAGAGGCAGCUUCCCCCCUUGGGUCCAACAAACCCGCGUGUGACUCUGGCCCCACCUUGGAACGGCCUGGCCCCCCCAGCCCCACCUCCCCCACCCCGGCUGCAGAUCACUGAGAACGGCGAGUUCCGAAACACCGCAGACCACUAGCCCACCCAGCAUCUCAGACCUCCUCCUCCCUCCCUGUGCACCCCACCCUGGAACGGCACUGACCACCAGGACUGGACGUCGCCGAGGGACAGCGGGAUCGCCUCCCUGAAUGCCUCCUUGCGGGGCACCAGUCCCCCACCCCCACUGCACCAUUUCUGGGAGGGAGAGUGGGGACCCUCAGCUGCCCCCUUUUCCUUCCUUCUGGGGUGCUGUCCCCUGUGACCCCCAGGACCCUUGCCCCAGGACACAGACCCCUUCACUCCGGGGUGCUAUCCCCAUCCUCUGCCUCAUCGUUCCCCUGAGCACUGGGGGACAGACCCUCACCCCCACCCUGGGGGUGCGGCACCUCCAAACUUUCAACUUCAGGGUGAUUUUUUAGCAGUAACCAGAGCUGACAAUCUAACUCCCCUCCACCGCCCCAUUUUGGCCUCCCCUGUCCCCCUUGUUAUGGGGAGGGGACCCCGGGUGAGGGGGUCCUAUUACCCCUUGAUUUCUCAGGAGCGUCUGGGGGGGCUCAGCACGCACAAACUCCUUCUCCUCCUACCACUCUCAAAUACUCUCCCUCCCCACCCAGAACCCAGAUGGGGUGGAGGGGCCACCGGGGCAGGGAGGGGGCGGCAAGGGGGAAUGGGAGUUGUCUCCCUUUCUUCCAUACCUGAUCUGCUCUUGGCUGGUCCCAGAGCGGGGUGAGGGGGCUCAGGCCCCCCCCUCCCCCAGUGUGUUGGGUGGGGCGGAACUGAGGUUCAGGGGAGGGGUUAGGGUUUAGGAGGGGGGUGUAUGUUGGGGAGGACAGACUAGCUGAUCUGCCCUACCCUGACACACACAGCCCCCCUGCCCCCCACUUCUUGGUCUCUACUCCCAGGGGGAGGGGGGAACUUACUCUAGGAAAAGCCAUGUCUCUCUCCCCCAGGGCAGGGGGACCUGUGUUGGAGGAGGGGUGUUGGGGGCCCCCUUCCAUGACUCUGUCCCCUGGGGGAGGUAGGACAGGGCUGGGCUUCCCUCUCAUCCUCCCCGCCACCCCCCCGCCCCAAUCUCCCUCCACAUCUCUCCCUCCCGCCAGCUCCACAAUUUUUCGGUGUUUCUCUGUACAUAGCUCUCUGGCGGGAUAGGGGAGGUAGGAUGGAUGGGGUUUGGGGUGGGUCCGUCAUAGGGGGAGAGAAGGCCCUCCUUGGCACCCCCUCAUCCCUGACUGCUGUCCUCUACCCAGCCUUGCCCCCUCAUCCCUUCUUGCGUUUGGUAUUGAGACUUCUCGGACUCCACCCUUCUUUCUUUUGUAUGGACAGUUCCCCUUCAGUCCCAUACCCUACACACAGACACCCAGCCGGGGCCAAAUUUAUACUUAUAUAAAAGUUGUAAAUAUGUGAAAUUUUA